AUGCCAUUCGGAGAGUGCACAAUUACUCUUCAAGAUAUUGGCAUGCUUGUUGGUCUUCCGGUUGACGGUGAACCAGUAUUAUCUCGAGGCAGUCCAAAUAUAUUGGGAUUGGCUGAGGAGUUGUUAGGGGUUGUUCCACCGCAGUCUGAAAUUAAAGGAUAUCGCGUUAGGCUAUCUUGGUUGGUAGCAAACUUUGGGGACAUUGCUGAUGACAUAGAUGAUGUACAUGUCUUGGUUCGUUAUGCUAGAGCCUGGAUAUUACGUUAUCUAGGAGGAGUGCUUGUUCCCGAUAGAUCUUCGGUGUAUGUGUCCUUACGGUGGUUGGUGUUUUUGCGCGACUUUGAUAUUAUUAGGACUUAUGCAUGGGGUGCAGCUGUGCUUGGAUAUUUGUAUUGGAAUUUAUGCACCUCAACCGAUUACAAAACCCCAACCUGCGGUGGAUUUACCCUUUUAUUACAGUUAUGGGCAUGGGAACGAUUCCCAACCAUUCUGUCUUCACCAUUGCCACCUAUUCCUCCAGGCAGUCCAAUUGGUUUAAGGUACGAGCAAAUUUCAAACUUGACAUUUUGA